GCCAUCUGCGCAUCGAGAUCGAGAAUACCAUGCAAUAUGGCGAUAUGGAAACACGCAAUAUGAGGGAAAUAUCCAAAUGACCUUGCGUCACGUUAUUUCACGUGAUUGACGGCAGUCAAGCGUAUACGGGUAAGGGAGGCAUACAACUCCAGCGUUUCUUGCGCAGAACUGUAAGCAACCGCAGCGGCCUCUGUCGCCUCUUCCAUCAUCGGUUGCUGCAUCCUUCCUGCAACAAGUACAUCAUACGUGCGUGCCGGCAUUUCACGGUCCACAGGCAUCACUCGCGCUACCGCUGUCACCGCCAAGGCCUUGCAACGAGGGUCCCUAACAAAGAACGGUAAUCAUCAGGGGCCCUACACUUUAAAAAGUGAACUUCACCACAGAGGGAGAGUUAUCUACUAUGAGGGUCCUAGCUCUCCUCAUCGGCUUGUCGCACCUUGGAAUCGGGCACGUAGAAGGCAAAGAAAUCCCACGUUUCGGAUCACGAGGAAGAACAGAGUGUCCCACUGAAGAGUGCAAGACAGCAGGACAGACCCUGUCGUCGUACCUGAACUCAAGCAUAGAUCCAUGCGAUGACUUUUAUGAGUUUGUGUGCCAGAGAUGGACGGAGAACACAACGGUUUCCGAGGAACGUGGGAGUUACGGAGCGUUUGACAUUGUUCAAGAGAAGUUGCAGCUAGAUCUCAAAAAAAUAUUUGAAGACUCCAAGGACGACAAGGGCAAAAGCUGCAUCAUCGCCAAGCUAAAGGAUGCUUACAGAGCUUGCACUGAUGAAAACUUCCCAGAAGCUCGUACUCUCGAAGCUCUUGCGGACGUGCUGGCUACAGUAGGCAUGCCGAAUUGGCCUCACAUGUCUACCACUUCUGCUACUCCCAAAUGGGAAGACAUAUACCCGAAACUUGUAUCGGAACUCGGUAUUACUCCCAUUUUCUCGCUCUCCAUCGGUCAGGACUCUAAGAACGUGUCCUACUUCACGCUAAUGUUAGAUCAAAUGGACUUCACCAUGAUCGGACGCAAUGAGCUCAUCAAUCAGAGCGACCCACAAAAUAAGCCUAUAGCGGACGCCUACAAAGAUUACAUAGCGGGUGCUGUGAAAAUAAUGAAUAACGGCCAACGUGACGACAAAGAAGCUCGACGUGUCGCCGAAGAAAUAGCCAAGUUUGAGGGAGAACUAGCAGAGAUGACGAGGCGAGAUGAAGAAAGGCGGGACCACGCAAAGAUGUACCGUAAAAUGACCAUAUUGGAACUUCAGAAAGAGCUUCCUCAGGUGAUGUGGAUUGAGGUGUUCAACAACAUUUUUCACAAAUCGGUGAUCAAGAUUCCAAUCUCGCUCCAAGAUACUUUAGUGAUAUUCGAACUCAACUACUACAAGUCCGCGUUGAAAUUCUUGGAAACGCAGGACAGGCAUGUAGUCUUCAACUACUUCGGUUGGCAAGUGCUCUCGAUGCUGGGGCCAGUGGAUUCAAAGAAGUUCGGAGACCUCAAGGUGAAGCUAGACAAUGCUACUAGAGGAAUCACAAAACGACCUGAAAAGUGGAAGCGGUGCGUUGAUCACUUGAAUGAUCUCGCUGAACACGCUGUAGGACGCAUGUACGCUGAUGAGAAGUUCUCGCGAGAAGCAAAGGACGACAUGUUACACUUGGUAAAAGUUCUCGUGGAUACCUUCAAAGAAAUGUUGAAAGAGAAUACUUGGAUGGAUGACGAGACGAGAGCUACAGCUAUAGCAAAGGUCAAUACAAUGAGCCCUAAAAUCGGUUACCCAGACUGGGUGAAAGACAACGCGGAGCUGGAGAAAGUUUACAGAUACGUUUUAGGGUUCAAGAAAGGUACUCCUUACGUCACCAUGUAUGCGAACCUCAUGAAGAACUACGCCUUGGUGUUGCUUUCGAAAGUCCAUGACGUCUACGAUAAGUCUUACGAAUGGGUCACCGGAGCAGCAGUUGUGAACGCGUUCUAUUAUCAAGGAGGCAACGAGAUAGUGUUUCCAGCUGGGAUUCUGAAGAGACCUUUCUACGAGCGUGGUUUACCGAUCGCAAUAAAUAUGGGGGCCAUAGGAAUGGUAAUCGGCCAUGAGAUCACGCACGGAUUCGACGACGAAGGUAGUCAGUACGGUGCAGAUGGGUCCUUGAAAGACUGGUGGAACGUGGAAACUAAGAAAACGUUUCGCGAGAAAGCACAGUGCUUUGUGGACCAAUAUGGCAAAACUGGAGACGAGCAAUCCGGGAAAUAUCUGAAUGGCGUGAACACUCAAGGCGAAAACAUUGCCGACAAUGGGGGUCUUCGAGCGGCAUACAAGGCCUUACAAGCGGCGAAGCGAGAACCGAACUAUAAGGACAUGUAUUUACCAGGCUGGGAGGACCUCGAGAGUGAUAAGUUAUUCUUCAUAUCGAACGCUCUGGUGUGGUGUACUAAACACAAGACUGGCGCGCUUAUACAAGCUAUACAGUACGAUUAUCACAGUCCAGCAAAAUACAGGGUGAAUAUACCGAUGAGCAACAUGAAGGAAUUUUCGGAAGUAUUCUCUUGCAGCUCUUCGAGCCGGAUGAACGCUAGCACGAAAUGCGCCAUAUGGUAGAGGGAAAAAAAGGAAGCCGUGGAAACCUGUAUUAGUUGUAUGCGUGCCAAAGAACAAAUUUUUGCGUUGUUUCUAUAACCUGCUCGAAUGCGCGGCUCAUUGCAUCGCCUGGUUCUUUGUUACUGGUCACUACUCGCUCUGAGGUGAGGAGGCUUCUCUGGGUACACAGCAAUGAAACAUCAUACUCUUACAAGACCAGGGAAUUUUCGACACGCUGGUUACGGCAUCCCAAAUCUUUAUAUAGGUCGCACACCUUGUGAUGUGACUUGAAACCUCACCACGACUCUCCCAACCUCAAUCCCCAAAACCGCCAUCGAGAGUUUUGAUGUCGCACAUACUACUACGUACUACGCCAGAUAAUUCAGGACCUGUUCCGUGUGUCUUAAUGGGGGUAUCAAUGGGUGUACCCUGUUCAAACUGGGACAACCGGCCCAUCUUGGGACCGCCAGUGCUUCUUGCUGUGCCUUCAAUAUGAGUGCAGUAGCAUUAAUAAAGGAUAAUUGUUCACAAUGAG